AUGGAGAAAUUACGAACCAAUAGUCUCAGGCAAAAGGAGGCAUCUUUGGCCCCUCCAUCUUUGCCGGUUUAUGUGGAUGUCCUUCCUGGAGGGGGGCCACAGCCUGGAUGUAUUUACCCCCAGCUGCCCAUCACUGAAGCCCCUCGAAUGUGUCCGCAGCAUAACCAGCCGCUUGAGCUGUUUUGUCACGAGGACAGAGAGUGUGUGUGCGCGCUGUGUCGCCAGUAUGGACACAAGGGACAUCGAGUGGUCCAUCCUACGGAGGAGAGGAGACACAGACAGGAAGAACUUGUUCAAAUGCAGCAAGAAGUUCAACAUCGUGUUCAACUGACGGAAAAGACUCUGAAAGAGAUCCCUCAUGUGACCAAACAACACAAGGCGUUAGUCCAGGCCUUGCAGAGCGAGAGCAGUGCCGUGUUCUCAGAGCUGGUGAAGGCCGUGGAGGGGACUGGGGCUCGGGUGGCGGAGGUCCUCGGUGCCCAGGAGGAGUCUCUGAGCAGCAGAGUGGAGGGGACCGUCCAGAGGCUGCAGCAGGAAGUGGCCCGACUGCACUGGAGGAGUGAGGAGCUCAGCAGACUGGCCGACAUGCAGGACCACAUCUGCUUUCUGAAGAACUUCUUCCUGCUGGAGCCGCUGGGUCAGGCAGCCGUAGAGCCUGGUCUCGGACACCAGGAGGCAGCAGUGAGCGCGGCACGUUCAACCCUGAGAGAACUUCAGGCGUCUGUUGAAAACCAGUGCAAAGCUGCACUCACCAAGAUCCAAGCUUUAGCAGUGAACGAUGAAUCUCCAACUCCCGAAACUAGUGAUGAAACAGCGACUGUUCACAAUGUUGCCACGUCUCAGACCGGCCCAGAGAACACAGCGUUAUAUGAAAUCGUCCUUCCAGAUCCCGUGGCACCUCUCAAACCUCAUGUUGAAGCUUCAGCCCCACCUCCUCCUCUUCCUCCUCCUCCUCCACCGCGGCCUCAUGUUUCCACAUUGGGAGCAGUGGGGUCUGUCAACUAUGAACCCAAGAGCAGAGAAGAAAUGCUGAAAUAUCGUUUCGUCCCCACGAUGGAUCACAACACUGCGCAUCGUCACCUCCAGCUCUCGGACGGCGGUCGUAAAGCCACUCUUAAAGCCGAAAACAUGAAUUAUCCUGAUUGCCCCGAACGCUUCCAGUUUUGGAGACAGGUCCUGUGCAGCCAGGCCCUGGGAGGCAGCCCGUACUACUGGGAGGUGGAGUGGACGGGGACCAAAGUGACCAUCGCUGUGGCCUUUAAGGAGCUGGAGCGUGGAACCUCAGACGACGGCAGCCGACUGGGACACAACCCUCAGUCCUGGAGCUUGUACUGGUCUGGCACCGGCUUCUCCUUUUGGCACAACAACCAGGAGAAGCUGCUGGGGUCUCCCAAAGCCAAACGAGUCGGGGUCUACCUGGACCAGCACGCGGGGGUCCUGGCCUUUUACCGUAUCAGCAAACUAAAGGCAUAUCUCAUCCACCGCCACCAACAGGACUUCACCGGGCCGCUGCAUCCCGGGUUUAGGGCCGGGCUGGGUUCUACUAUCUCUAUCUGUGAGCUGGACUGA